AUGUCAAAGGCGCAACCCGAGACUAUGCCAUUCCCGGAGCGCUUAUUGGAGUGGGGAGACUGGAGGGAAAAACCAUGGCAGCUUCUGCAGCAGACAUACGAUCACACAGCCGAUCUGCGGGAGAUCUACAAGAUGAAGUCUCAGCAGUACUUUGGCUCCCUGUCCAAAGGCUUGGCCUUGGUGACGUCUUUGGCUGCCAAUGUAGUGUAUGGCCAAAACAGCUCCGACUUCACCGCCCAAUGCACUGGUCUCGCAGACACCCUCGCCAGCACAAUUCCCAACGCCACAGUCCAGUCGACCGUGCCUGUUACAGCCGGCACAAACCUCACAUUCAACCGUGACCCUACCUGCAGCUCGCCAUACCAGGUCGUCGACAAUGAUGUCUGUCGAGUGUCCUUGUUCGUGCCCACCUCUGACCGCUCAAAUAUCAGCAUGGAGGUGUGGCUACCCCCGGCCGAGGCUUGGACCGGUCGCUUCCUGAGCACUGGUAACGGCGGCUUGGGAGGCUGCAUUCAAUACGAGGAUUUGGCUUACACAACUGCUCUCGGUUUCGCUGCAGUCGGCACUAACAACGGCCACGAUGGGAAUAAAGGCGACGCGUUCUACAACAACGAGGAGGUCGUUCUUGAUUUUGCAUACCGUGCGAUGCACACUGGCAUAGUGUUGGGAAAGCAGGUCUCGGAGUCCUUCUAUGGAAAGCCGCACGAUCGCUCAUACUAUCUGGGAUGCUCCACCGGCGGCCGUCAAGGCUUUAAGGAAGCUCAGGACUUUCCGGAUGACUUCGAUGGUCUGGUCAUUGGUGCCCCGGCCCUAGCCUUCAACAACCUGUCAUCGUGGUCCGGCUCUUUCUACGUCAAGACUGGCUCAGCAAAUUCAUCGACUUUUGUGCCCUUGAACUUGUGGCCUAUCAUCCAUGAGGACAUUCUCCGCCAAUGUGAUGGUCUCGAUGGCUACGUCGACGGUAUCAUUGAGGACCCGUCUCUUUGCAACUACCGCCCUGAAGCGCUCAUCUGCUCAGCCGGCAACUCGACCAACUGCCUCACUGGCGAACAAGCAAACACUGUCAGAGAGAUCUUUACUCCUAUUUACGGCUUGGAUGGUAAGAUCACCUACCCGGCAAUGCAGCCUGGCUCAGAGGACCUCGCGCCCUACAUCUACUACACUGGCGAGCCAUUCCAGUAUACGACCGGCUGGUUCGAUAAUGCCAUCUAUAAUGACAAAAACUGGGAUGCGUCCACCCUCGGACCCAAGGAUUACGCAUACGCAGCCGCCAAAAACCCCGGAAAUAUCGAGACCUGGAACGGAGACCUCUCCGCCAUCCGCGAUAGGGGCUCCAAGAUCCUGCACUACCACGGCCAGGCAGAUGCCAUUAUCUCGAGUUUCAACUCCCCACGGUACUACGACCACGUCUCGCGCACCAUGGGCCUUCCUUCAUCAGCACUAGAUGAAUUCUACAGAUUCUUCCGGAUCAGCGGCAUGGGUCAUUGUUCGGGCGGCGUCGGUGCAACGUUCAUCGGCCAAGAGGGAGCCAGCAACGCCACCCUGAAUCCGGAUGGAAACGUCUUGAUGGCGAUGGUGCGUUGGGUGGAAGAAGGUACGGCCCCGGACAGCAUUCUAGGCACAGCAUACGUCAACGAGACCAAGGACUCGGGUGAGAUUGCUUUCCAGAGGAGGCACUGCAAGUACCCACUGCGAAACGUCUACUCGGGCUCCGGGGACCCAACGAAGCCCGACAGCUGGCAAUGUGUUUGA